AUGACAAACCAACCGUUGUCGCCGAGGCGGCGCCAUGUUCUCUCAUCCAUCAAUCCGAAGGGGACACAGCCGCACUCAAGCGUAGAUGACGUUUGCGAUGACGUCGAUGAUAAGGCCGAACGCGAACCUGAACCGUCUUCCCACCGCCAUCAUCGUAGGAGAUGCCACCAUCGUCAUCGGCACAAGCGGCGACACUCUCGCUCCUCAACCCCACCUAAUCCCUAUGAGCCUCCGCCUUUGGAUCCCGAUGCUGCUUUUCGUGAAUCACUCUUCGAUGCCAUGGCGGAUGACGAGGGUGCUGCAUACUGGCAGGGCGUAUAUGGCCAGCCUCUUCAUGUCUACUCCAACGCAAAGCCCGGUCCUAGCGGCGAGUUGGAGAAAAUGACGGACGACGAGUAUGCAGCGUACGUACGGUGUAAGAUGUGGGAGAAAACACACCAAGGGCUACUCGAGGAGCGGGCCCGCAAGGACGAGGAAAAGACGCAACGAGAAUCCCAUCGGCGCACCAGAGACACGGAAGAUGACGAUGCCAGAUUGCACAGGGAUAUGGAGGAGAGCCUGCGCAGGGGCGAGGCAAGACGGUCGCGGAAGAGCUGGCAGACAAGAUGGAAUGAUUAUGUUAAGACUUGGUCCAACUGGGAUGGGACUUCCGCGAGCAUGAAUUGGCCUGUCAAAACUCGGCGCAGGGAGGACAUCAACGGUGAAGAUGUCAGAGACUUCUUCAUCCAUUGUUUGGACCCCAAGGAAAUUGGCGAGGCUCCGUUUCUGGCCAAGUUGAAGGAGGAGAGGGUUCGAUGGCAUCCGGACAAAAUGCAACAAAAGUCUGGCCACCAACUUGACGAAACCGUCAUGCGAGAUGUGACGGCAGUUUUUCAGAUUAUUGAUGAGUUAUGGGCGUAUACCCGGCCAAAGGCCAACUAG